AUUGCUAAAGCCAGUCGCACGAAGACAAGCGCGCGCGCAGCUUGCUGCAGAGUACGUUUUUGCGUGUUUGACUUUUCCGUUCAGUUUCGUGAUAUCUUGUGUUUACUGUUAGUGGAAGCGGUAAUUAAAAUGAAGUUACAUAUAAAAUUAUUUGAUUUGAUACCGGCGCGGUGCAACGUGGCCAUAAUGAUGUUCUUCGCAUGCUGGGUCAACUACAUGCUCAGAGUCAACAUGAGUGUUAACAUCAUCGCCAUGGUGCCAGAUGACAACAAAGCAACAUCGGUGAAAAGCGAAUGCAAGGCCAUAGCAAAUGACGACGGUUUAUUAUAUAACGACACCACAUCUGUGGCUAGCAGACGGGACAUACGUCAGCCAGAGGGUGUGGUGACAUUCAAUUGGACAGCGCAAGAGCAAGCCUAUGUUUUGUCGAGCUACUUCUGGGGUUACGCCGUCACGUGCCUCUUCAGUGGAACAGCAGCGGAAUUAUGGGGUCCAAGAAAGGUCGUUUUCUUCACUAUGCUCCUGUCCGCCAUAUUGACGAUACUGACACCUCAGGCCGCAAGGUUGCAUUAUGUUAUGCUGGUGGUUGUACGUUUGGUCAUCGGUCUUUCGGCAGGUUUUCUCUUCCCCGCACUGCAUGCUCUGGUGGCUCGUUGGGCACCACCGACUGAAAAGGGCAAGUUUGUCAGCGCAUUGCUGGGCGGUGCUAUUGGAACUGUGGUUACGUGGUCUCUUACUGGUCCUCUUAUUGAGACGUUUGGCUGGAGCGCCGCAUUCUACGUACCAGGAGUAAUUGGCGUAGUAUGGUGUGCGGCCUGGUGGCUGCUUGUAUACGAUUCACCAGUAACGCACCCAAGGAUUUCAGAUGAGGAAAAAGCAUACAUCCUAGAAGCUAUCGGUGACAAGGUUCAACAGGGCUCGAAAGAUACCAAGAUCGUGCCUCCAUUCAAAAGUAUCCUAACUUCACUUCCAUUCCUUGCCAUGGUGAUACUGCAUUACGGCAGCAAUUGGGGCUUGUACUUCGUAAUGACAGCUGCACCCAAGUUCGUCUCAAGUGCGCUCGGGUACAACCUCACAUCUACAGGAACUCUAUCGUCUUUGCCGUAUUUGGCUAGGAUGAUAUUUUCACUUAUCUUCGGCGCUAUCGGCGACAGAAUCGUCAAACAAAACGUCGUAUCCACCACUUUCAUGAGGAAGUUCUUCUGUUUGUUCUCCCAUAUCGUGCCUGGCCUGCUCCUCAUCGGUCUCGGAUACACCGGAUGCGCACCGAUACUCUCGGUUGCUCUCAUCACAUUCUCCAUGGGAUCUAAUGGUGCUGCCACAUUGACCAAUUUAGUAAACCAUCAAGACCUUGCGCCUAACUUCGCUGGCACUCUGUACGGAAUUGCUAAUGGAAUUGGAAACACUGCUGGAUUUGUAACUCCCAUGGUGACAGCGUACUUCACAAAGAAUGGGAACGGUUUUGCUGAAUGGCGGCCAGUCUUCUUGACCGGAGCGUCUCUAUACAUAGCUUCAGCAAUGUAUUUCAUUCUUUUCGGAACUGGCGUUACGCAGUCAUGGAACUAUAUCGCUCCGGUAGAAGAAGACGAAGAAGACAAAAGACCCAGAGAAAAUUCCACGGAAACAACCAUUAGCAUUCCUAUUAAGACUUAAAUAACAUUUCUUGCUAUAAAAACAUGACGCGUGUUUUUUGUACCGAGCAGAUGAAAAAGUACCUAAUGGCUUAAUUAUGGAAGUCCCGAAGUACCUACUUCCAAGAAACAUAUUAAGAUUUAUAUGGUUCUAACUGUACAAAAAAUAUCUAUAAGCAUAGUUAUAGGUAGUUAUAUUAUUAUUCUAAAGUAUUUUACGAAUUUAAAUAUGACUUCAAUUCAGAAAAACAUACUUAAACAUACUAGAAAGGAUGUUACUCGCAAAGAGGCUUAUCUGUGAUUAAAAAAUAUGCUCAUUCCACUUUAAACCUUUACUGAGUACCUAUUUAUAAUGUAAUUAUAUUAUUUAUCCAGGAAAUAUUUGUAUAAUGAGCUGACAAGAAUAUUAUUUACUCUUCGAAUGGUGGUAAUAAAAUUUGGACGCUUGUUAUUUACAUGCGUUUUGUUUCAAAAUGAUUUUAUACUUUAUUAGUUAACGUUUGUAUAUCACAAUCAGCGUUUAUAUCGUAUCUAAGAACAUAUUUCACAGUAUUUCUUAUAUUGGAUGCAAGAAAGCGUUGUUUAUAAUUGACUAUGUUAUGUGAAUCCACGUCUGAUUACAAAAUAAAAAACGAUAUACAACUAUUUUUAUGAAUUUAUGUGACAUUACUGGUUUUGUAGUAAGUAAAUAGGUGCCUUUAUCAAAAGGAUAUCCAUAGAAUUAUAUAAUAAUUAAAACACGACGUUUUGAAAGUAGGCUGACAUGUUUGCCAUAUUAGAAAAACUUGCGAAUCUAAGCUUUCAGGUACUUCAUUAUUUCCAUCGUUAUUUUGAACCUAUUUUUUCGAAUAUGAGCUUCAAUAUUCAAUAUAUUUUUCUAUAUGUCAAUAUUAAAUUUAGUCCAGUACCAACAAUAAGGUGCUGAAUAUCAAACUAUCUAAACUUUUAAUACUAUUUUAAUUGUAACACGGAGGCGGUUAAGGAACACAAUUUGUGAUGUAAAUCUUAACAGUCUUUAUGAUAGGAUGAAAUUUACGUCAUAAAAUGCAAAUAAUGUGAUGGUAAGAUUUUAAUAAGAAAAUAAAAUCAAAGGGAUCAGGAAGAAGAAAAUAUUAAACCAGCCUGGCUGGCUGGCAAAUAAAGGCCAACGGAAAUAGAUAAACUAAACAAACACAUAUACUCACUGUCCUUUACGUCUAACGUUCGUUUGGACUUUGCUUAGGUACUAAACAACUAGGGUAAACAUAGUUUAUAAUUAUCUUUACGUGUACUUAAAAUAAGAAUUUAUUAUUAUGACUGUGAUGGAUUUAUAUAUGAGGAUUUUUAUGAGAAAAUGUGGUAUGCUUAUUAUUAGUUAUAAAUUAAAUUAUUCAGAAUUCUA